AUGCAACAGGUACACCCAGAUAUCAAGAAGCUUAACGACCUUCUGAGACCAAUUCUGAAGGAGCUUCAGGAGUUGGGCGACAAGAAGGGCAAGCUCAUCGAGGCCCGGCGCCAGCUUGGCGGGCAAAAGAAUGAGAAUGAGCUAGUGCGUGAUGAAAUGAACAAGCUGGAGCCCGAUGCGACAGUUUACAAGCUUAUCGGCCCUGCUCUUGUUCCGCAGGACCAGAGCGAUGCCAAGACAGUCAUCAGCAAUCGCCUGGACUACAUCAACGGUGAAAUCAAGAGGAGUGACAGUAGCAUCGCUGAAAUUGAUCGAAAGGAGGCGGAGCUGCAGAAGAAGGCACAAGAGCUGUACCGCAGGAUGCAGGAACGGCAGAUGCAGCUUAUUGAGCAACAGCAGCAGCAGCAGCACUAG